AUGUGUGUAGUGGCGACUAACCACAGCCAUUGGGCGCCAGCGCGUGAUUUGAACCCCCUUUCCAGUGAGGAUAUUGAGGCGUUCUUGGGCAGCACACAAAAAAAGUCUGGCGAGCUUGUCAAGGCGUACAAGAUUGCGCGCGACCCGCGUGUGUGGAACGAACAAAUGAACAAAGUUGUAAAGGAAGCGGAGGAGGAGGAGGAAAGCGAUCGCAAGCGCAAGCCAAGGAGCGGGCCUGCGAGGAAAUCGGAGCCCAAGAAACAGCGCGUCGAAUCCGAGGCGAAGCUGGACGAGGCGCCUGCCACUCGCGAAGAGACGGAGGAUGAGAUGGAUCCGCAGACGAGAAAAGUGCGCGAAUGGCGUCACAAGUUGCAGCGCGCAUUCCUGAACAAGGACGGCGUGAUUGUUGCUGAGGACAUGAAGAACCAGGACGAGACGUUCAAAAUCGUCGAGGCGUACACAGAGAUGACGCCCGAGCAGUUACGCGCGACAAAAAUAGGCAAGGUUAUGCGGCGGAUCCACCAGCUUGGCGAGGUGCCGCGGGACGACGAGUUCCACUUUAAGUCGCGUGCUGGCGAGCUGAUGAAUCGCUGGAGUGCAAUUUUAGGAGCACACUGA